AUGGCCAUAGGCGAUAAGUUUCUAUCGUUGGUUGUUUGCCAUCGAACCGGGUCUCAAGCUGCUCAAAACUUGGUCGGUCAUUUUUGGGCGAAAAUCAACCUCGGCGCACAAUCGAGGCCGAUGAGUAUCCGUGGUUGUCACUUUGGAUAUGAUGUAGGUCCUCAAAACCUCAAACCGGUCCCCAAAACCUCAAACCGGUAA